AUUAUUACUGCAACAAGUUUUGACUGAUCACCGAUUCUAUUUUCAUGCCGAAUACAUUUUGCAAGUUUAUUCAAAUAUCAAAGAAAAUGGAUUCCGUCAUUGUUAGACGAUUAUGCUAUUUAAACAUGAAGCAGCUCAGGAAGUGUGGCCAAUCAUGGAGACAGUUUACAACUCUGAGCAAGCAUUUGGUAUCUUCAUCGAGAGCUGUAUAUCCCAGGAUGUAUUGCAGCAAGUCUGACAAACCAACAACAGAAAGUCCCACAGACAAGGCACCUGACAUAGGUAACUCUGAAGAGAAACCAUUUAUUUCCCCGUUGCAUAAACCUAAACAAAAGAAAGAUUUGUAUGUUGAGUAUCUGAAUGAGAAGAGGAGAAGUGAUAAAGCUAAGACUGCGAAAGGACCAAACAUGGCAGUAAUAGCAGUUACAGCAGUUGGUUUCGUAGGAUUAUAUUUAUACGUGAAGAUGAGGAUGAAGCAGCAUGAAAUCUCUGUGUUAAAAAAGGCUGCAGGUCCACAGGAGGAGGUUCUGAUAGGUGGAGAAUGGGAGCUUACGAAUCAAUAUGGACAAAAAAUAACAAAUAAAGAUUACGAAGGUCACUGGUGCCUCAUAUAUUUUGGUUUCACACAUUGUCCUGAUAUAUGUCCCGAUGAAAUAGAGAAAAUUACAGAAGUUAUGGAUAUAUUAGAUAGAAAUCCAAGGUUACCAAAGUUAAAGGCAUUGUUUGUAACAGUAGAUCCUGACAGAGACUCCCCUGAGGCAAUGAAAAAUUACCUUGCUGAGUUCUCAGAUAAGAUAGUUGGUCUGACAGGUAACAUGGAUGAAUUAAAGAAGAUUUUGAAGGCAUUUAAAGUUUAUUAUUCCAUGGGUCCAAAAGAUGAGGAUGGUGACUAUAUAGUUGAUCAUUCAAUUAUCACAUAUUUGAUGAACCCAGAAGGAAAAUACGAGGCUCAUUUUGCCAGAAGUAAAACAAACGUUCAGGUUGCAAACGUCGUAGAAAGAAAAAUGAAUACAUGGAUUCCCAAAUCAUGAUGAACACUAUAUUUUUCUAUUCUCAUACAUAAGUAGCUGUUUCUAAAAAUAGAUUUCAGUAAAUUCUAUCUUGACCUGUUUACACAUGCCUGGAAAGGAGGACAUUUUCUGAAGUGGACACAAUAAAGUUUGAUACGAACCUUGAACAAAUUAAGUUGAUCACCAAAACUGGAGAGCCAGGGUUAAAAAGUGGUUUUUAGCUCACCUGAGCACUUUGUGCUAAUGAAGAGGUUGUAGGAUUGUUAGAUGUUCAUUAUACCCCCACCAAACAUGUUUGGGGGGAGCUAUAUAGGAGUCAGUUUUGUCGCGUCCCGUCCCGUCACAUCGCAUCCCGAAGUCUAUUGUCUCAGUUUCUACUAAAUGGAUUUGAUUCAAACUUAAAAUAGAUGUAUCACCUUAUCACCCACAUCAUGUGACACAAGGUGCAUAACUCUGACACCAAUUUUUCAUGAAUUAUGCCCCCUUUUAUUUUGAAUUUAAGGUUAAUUUUGAUGCAUUUUCACUAUAUCUCAGUUAUUACUAAAUGGUUUUAAUUCAAACUUAAAACAGUUGUUCCACCUUAUCACCCCCAUCAUGUGACACAAAGUGCAUAACUCUGACACCAAUGUUUCAUGAAUUAUGCCCCCUUUUAAUUACAAUUUAAGGUUAAUUUUGAUGCAUUUUCACUAUAUCUGAGUUAUUACUAAAUGGAUAUGAUUUAAACUUAAAGUGGAUGUUCCACCAACACCCCCAUCUUGUGACACAAGGUGCAUAACUCUGACACCAACUUUUCAUGAAUUAUGCCCCCUUUUACUUAGAAUUUAAGUUAAAUUUUGAUGUAUUUUCACUAUAUCUCAGUUAUUACUAAAUGGAAUUGAUUCAAACUUAAAAUAGAUGCUCAGCCUCAUCCCCCAAAUCACGUGACACAAGAUGCAUAACUCUGACAUCAAUUUUUCAUGAAUUAUGCCCUCUUUUACUUAGAAUUUAAGGCUAAUUUUGAUGCAUUUUCACUAUAUAUAUCAUUCUGAUUGGCUUACAGCCAAAGGGAAGUUUCCUUUUUUAACCUUUUGUACUGAGUUACUUCCCCUUAAACUCCUAGAAUUUGUCUGUUUUUAGAUUUUCAAUAUUUUAGGUAUUUUUCUAACCUUUUUAUUUGCCACUUUUCACAUUUAUUCUGGUUUUUCAUUUGAAGAAAAGAUGUAUUGGGUUCAACUUGCUAGCUUAAAGAAAAUUGAAUAAUUAUCAGGCAUAAUGUUGAACUUUGACCCUAGGUCUAUCUGAAGUUGAAAACACGUCACUGAAAACAGUUCUUUAUGUACAAGUAGAUAUUCUGUGAUCUGAAAAUGGUGGUUUGAUUUUUUCAAUGUUGUGAUGAACUGCCUGCAUUGUUUUAUUAUAUUUGAAAUAAAACAUAUUUAAAACUUG